AUGGCACCCUCCGACGCAGACCAAAUGGUGUACUCGGACUCCGACAUCCGGGUCCAUGUGCUGAAAAACGCCGUGACCGGACGCCUCGUCCACCAUCCUGAUCGCUCCUUUGCCAUCGAAGUGACUCUCGACCUGGUAAAGGGGGCCGACUUCUUCUGCCACAAACCGCCUAUGCACUUCCAUGUCCAAGAAGAAUAUAUCGAAUGUACUCAAGGCCAUCUGGGCGUGGAGAUCGACGGCAAGGAAGUAGUGCUGACGGCAGGUGAUGGGGCGUACAGCAUCAAGCCGUACAAAGACCACCGCUCGUACCCUCUUUCCCUAGAUCGACAAGAAAAAGGAAACACGGUGGUCAAGUUCCUACUAUCGGGCGAGAAGACCGACAGUGUCUUUGAGCUGAACCCGGUUUUCUUCGAGAAUUGGUACCGCUAUCAGGAUGAUGUGGUGGUCAACGGGGCCAAGAUUGACCUGAUUCAGCUUUUCAGCACAUUUGACGCGGGUGGCACGUACAUCUCUCUCCCCUGGUGGAUUCCUUUUGGACAGACCGUCUCACGCACCAUGGGCCUCGUCGUUGGAAGAUGGCUGGGCGGACUACUGGGUUAUCAGCCUUUCUACAGGAAGUGGACUUCGGAUUGGCCUCUGGCUUGCCAGAAGAUGGAAUCUUCAUUUUUUCAACGGCGAUUUGCCGAUCGCUCGAAGAUGGAUUGA